UAAAAAUAUAAUGUAAGGAUUUAAAGUAGAGACGAUUACUCCAGGUGAUGGUAAAUCAUUUCCUUAGAAAGGGUAAUAUAUAAAAAUAAUAUAGAUAAUAAGUGAAAGUACAUUACGUUGGAACUUUACUAGAUGGAUCUGAAUUUGAUUCAUCAAGAAAAAGAGGAAAACCUUUUUAAUUUAUUUUAGGUGCAGGAAAAGUUAUAAAGGGUUGGGAUUAAGGAGUAGCAAAACUAUCAAAAGGAGAGAAAGCUAUUUUGACUUGUCCACCUGAUUAUGCAUAUGGAGCUUAAGGAUAUCCACCAGUUAUCCCACCUAAUUCAACAUUGAAAUUUGAAGUAGAAUUAUUAGAUUUUGCAUGAUAUCUAUAUUUUAAUAAAAGAUAAAAUAGUUAAAUUUAGACAUAUAUACAGAUAUAGAGGUUUUAAGUAAUUAAGCC